AUGGAUAUGAACCAUUUGAUAGGUCAGCGUUUCAACCUGAUCUCCAAGAGCGACAUUCGCUAUGUCGGCACACUCCACGAAAUCAACCCCGAGGCUUCCACAAUAGCCCUUGAAAAUGUCAAAUCAUAUGGCUCUGAGGGGCGCCGGGGGAACCCGGCCGAGGAGGACAUCAGCGUCGCCGACGAAGAAACGAAGGAGAACACACAGCCGGAGCCCCCUCGGGUUCCGGAUGACCCCGCUAUCCUCGGUAACAUGUCGCGACCGGGUCCUGUGUCUGGCCCUGAGGCUGGACCAUCUGCCCCAGGCCUUCCUUCUCAAACAUCUUCACAGCCCCCCCACGGUGCUCAGCAGACACCUCCUGGAUAUCCCCCACAACAGCCGUUUCAGCAGCAAGGUUUCUACCCGGCCUACGGACAACGCUUUGGUGGCCCUCCCCCUCCUUUCCCCCCGGGCCCUGGUGGUCCUGGUGGCCCCGGUGGCUUCCCCGGCAACAUGCCUUAUGGUGCUCCUCCCCCAGGCUGGUUCCCUCCUCCUGUCCAUGGUUUUCCUCCGGGACCCGGUCAAUUCCCCCCUCAAAUGCCCCUCGGUGUACCUGGACAACCACCUCAGCAGCGCCCGGGGCCGACCGCACCACCUGCUCCUCAGACCACCUCCGAGCUCCCUGGUGGAGACAACAAACCCUCUAGCCGCAAUGCCACUCCCGCCGCUCAUAAUGCACCCACUCCACCCGUUGAGUCUAAACCCUCUGUAGCCGAGGCGAUACAGGGUUCCUCGGGACCCGCUGCUGCUGCUCAGAGGAACGGCCGUGUCAUGCCGGCUAUUCCGAUUGCUGCCCCGCGACCUGUCGCUCCUGCUCAUGGCCCCGCUCCCGUGGAUGCCACUGCCGCAGCUACCCAGGCCGUUGCCCAGGCUAUGGCCAAGCUGCCUCAGCCUGGUGUGCAGAAGAAGCCCGGCCAAGAUGCUUCGGUUGACACUAUUACCCGCAAAAUGAACGAUAUGCAGCCUUAUGGUGCCCCCCGUGCUCCUCGUGGCGGCCACCAACAGCCCCACCAACAACACCCUCGCGGCGGUCGGGGCGGUAUUCGCACGCAGCACAAGAAGAUCGACGUUCCUGAGUCGGACUAUGAUUUUGCAACUGCGAACGCCAAGUUCAACAAGCAGGACCUGAUCAAGGAGGCCAUUGCCACCGGAUCUCCUGCCAUCGAGGCGGAGAUUCAUGACGUUGCCAGCCAGCCUGAGACCGAUGCCAACGGCGCUGCGGCGACAUCUACACACAACCUUUAUAAUCGUACCACCUCUUUCUUCGACAACAUCUCCAGCGAAGCUCGUGACCGUGAGGAGAAUGUGGCCAACCGUGUUGGCGGCCGCGAAUGGCGCGGUGAAGAAGAGAAGCGCAACAUCGAAACCUUUGGCCAGGGUAGCGUCGAUGGAUACCGUGGCCGUGGACGCGGCUAUGGUCGUGGUCGUGGCUAUGGAGGUCGCGGUCGCGGGUACAGUCGUGGCUACGGUGGCCGUGGCCGUGGCGGUCCGCGCGGUGGUCGUGCUCCUUCGCAGUCUACCGGUGUGCCCUCGCAGGUUUAA